AUGUUAGCGGUGGGGGCGAUGGAGGGCACCCGGCAGAGCGCGUUCCUGCUCAGCAGCCCGCCCCUGGCCGCCCUGCACAGCAUGGCAGAAAUGAAGACCCCGCUGUACCCCGCCGCGUACCCCCCGCUGCCCGCCGGCCCCCCCUCCUCCUCGUCCUCCUCGUCCUCCUCGUCGUCACCCUCCCCGCCUUUGGGUUCCCACAACCCAGGCAGCCUGAAGCCCCCGGCCGCGGGGGGGCUCUCAUCCCUGGGCAGCCCCCCUCAGCAGCUCUCGGCCGCCACCCCACAUGGCAUCAACGACAUCCUGAGCCGGCCCUCCAUGCCCGUGGCCUCAGGGGCAGCCCUGCCCUCCGCCUCGCCCUCCGGUUCCUCCUCCUCUUCCUCGUCCACCUCCGCUUCCUCCGCUUCGGCCGCCGCGGCCGCAGCUGCGGCCGCUGCCGCUGCCGCCUCAACCCCAGCGGGGCUGCUGGCCGGCCUGCCCCGUUUCAGCAGCCUGAGCCCGCCGCCGCCGCCGCCCGGGCUCUACUUCAGCCCCAGCGCCGCGGCCGUGGCCGCCGUGGGUCGGUACCCCAAACCGCUAGCCGAGCUGCCCGGCCGGACGCCUAUCUUCUGGCCAGGAGUGAUGCAGAGUCCACCCUGGAGGGACGCUCGCCUGGCCUGCACUCCUCAUCAAGGAUCCAUUUUGUUGGACAAAGAUGGGAAGAGAAAACACACGAGACCCACGUUCUCGGGCCAGCAGAUCUUCGCCCUGGAGAAGACUUUCGAACAAACGAAAUACUUGGCGGGGCCCGAGAGGGCUCGCUUGGCCUAUUCGUUGGGGAUGACGGAGAGUCAGGUCAAGGUUUGGUUCCAGAACCGUCGGACCAAGUGGCGGAAGAAGCACGCAGCCGAGAUGGCCACGGCCAAGAAGAAGCAGGACUCGGAAACCGAGCGGCUGAAAGGGGCCUCGGAGAACGAGGAGGAGGACGACGACUACAACAAGCCCCUGGACCCCAACUCGGACGACGAGAAAAUCACGCAGCUGCUGAAGAAGCACAAGUCCGGCGGCGGCGGCGGCGGCGGCCUCCUGCUGCACGCGUCCGAGAACGAGAGCUCGUCCUGAGCGCCCGCCG